AUGGUGUCCAACGGUUGCAAAUGCUACCCUGAAAAGUUUGGCGGUCGAAAGAGAAGUCUUUUUAUCACCGCACAAGAAAUCACCCCUCGACCACUUAACAGGCAGAAGAAGAUUUUUGAAAAAUCCCAAACCCCGGGGUCACAAUUUCAGAAAAAAUCUGACUUUCGGCAAUUCACUCAAAAAUGGUGUCCAACGGUUGGAAAUGCUCCCCUGAAAAGUUUGGCGGUCGAAACCGAAGCCUUUUUCUCACAGGACAAGAAAUCAGACCUCGACUACUUAACCGGCAGAAGAAGAUUUUUCGAAAAAUCCCUAAACCCCAGGGUCACAAUUUCAGAAAAAUCUGACUUUCGGCAAUUCACUCAAAAAUGGUGUCCAACGGUUGGAAAUGCUCCCCUGAAAAGUUUGGCGGUCGAAAGAGAAGUCUUUUUAUCACAGGACAAGAAAUCAGCCCUCGACAACUUAACCGGCAGCCGAAGAUUUUUUUGA